AUGUUUGGAGUCAGCAGCUCUGCUUCACAGAUUGAAGGUGCGACGGCGGAUGGUGGAAAGACACCAACACUUAUGGACAUCCUCAUUCAGGGGGAUCGUCCCAAAGACUAUGUCACAAAUGAGAACUAUUACUUGUACAAACAAGAUAUUGAGAGGAUAGCAGCCAUGGGUGCGCGCUACUAUUCUUUCAGCAUAGCCUGGACACGAAUUCUGCCAUUUGCUCUACCUGGUACUCCUGUCAAUCAGUUAGGCAUCGAUCAUUACAACGACGUGAUAAACUUCAUUCUUGAAAAAGGCAUGAUUCCAGCUGUCACUCUUCUACACUUCGAUACACCUCUCCAGUUCUAUGGCGCGAAUUUGAGCUCAGCAGAGGAGCCUCCGUUAAUAGGCUACGUUAAUGGAGCAUAUCAGAACGAAACCUUUGUGGACGCCUUUGUCAACUAUGCAAGGAUCGUGAUGACACACUAUGGCGACAGAGUUCCGGUCUGGUUCACGUUCAAUGAGCCGCUUUUGUACUCACUCAACGGCAUAUCUAUCGAUCACGUCAUAAAGGCUCACGCUCAAGUGUACCACUUCUACAAGGACGAUCUCGGGGGCACUGGCCAGAUCUCGAUCAAGUUCAAUGACAAUUUCGGUGUGCCAAAGAACACUUCAAAUGGAGCUGAUGUCUAUGCAGCCAACUGGUUCAACUCCUUUCAGCUCGCCACAUUCUGCAACCCUAUCUUUCUUGGUCAAGAUUACCCAGACUCGUUCAAGCGGACCAUUUCGGAUUACGUUCCCCUAUCAGCAGAGGACCUCAAAUAUAUUGGUGGCACGGCUGACUUGCUAGGUAUCGAUCCGUACACUGCAACUGUGAUUACACCUCCGGUUGCCAAUAACAUUGGCAGCAUCGCGCAAUGUGCAGCGAAUAGCAGUGAUGCCAAUUUCCCCUAUUGUGUGAACCAAACAACAGUCAAUCAAUUCGGCUGGAACAUAGGAUACCGUUCACAAAGUUAUGUCUACAUAACCCCUACGUACCUUCGGGAGUAUAUGGAUUAUCUAUACAACACGUUCAGGACCCCCGUGGUGAUUACCGAGUUUGGUUUUCCAGUCUUUGCCGAAGCUGAAAAAGAUCUCUCCGACCAGCUCUUUGAUACGCCUCGUUCGAUCUAUUACCUCAGCUACAUGUCUGAGGUAUUGAAAGCUAUUUGGGAAGAUGGCGUGGAUGUGCGUGGUGCUUUUGCCUGGUCUUUCGCCGAUAACUGGGAAUUUGGAGAUUACGAUGCGCAUUUUGGUAUCCAGACUGUGAACAGAACCACGCAACAGAGAAGGUACAAGAAGAGCUUCUUUGACUUGGUAGAUUUCAUGAAGGCACGCGGUGUGUCAUAA